UAAGAACCCUAUUUAAUGACUGAUGAAAUUGUUUCUAUUCACCGUACAGGAUGCUGUCACGCAGAGCCAUUGAUGGUGUCUGGUGGAAGGACAUUUGUCAUUCCCAUCUUCCAACAAAGUCAAAGGCUUUCUCUCAACACAAUGACACUCAAGAUUGACACUGCAAAUGUCUAUACUAGGCUGGGCGUACCCAUCUCAGUCACAGGUAUCGCACAGGUCAAGGUUCAAGGGUCAAGCAAGGACAUGUUAAAGGCAGCUGCACAGCAAUUCCUUGGAAAGUCAGAGAGGGAGGUGGAACAAAUCGCCAUGGAAACACUGGAAGGUCAUCAGAGAGCAAUCAUGGGUACCAUGACAGUUGAGGAAAUCUACAAGGACCGCAAGAAGUUUUCCAAGAACGUAUUUGAAGUUGCUUCUUCAGAUUUGUUCAAUAUGGGAAUCUUUGUUGUCAGUUAUACACUUAAAGAUAUCCGAGAUGAAAAUGGAUACCUGAAGGCACUUGGUAUGGCCAGGACAGCUGAAGUUAAGAAGGAUGCUCGUAUUGGUGAGGCAGAGGCUAAGAGAGAUGCAGGAAUCAAGGAAGCAAGAGCAAUGGAAGAGAAGAUGGCUGCUACAUACCUGAACAGUGCUGAGGUUGCCAAGGCAAGGAGAGAUUUUGAGUUGAAGAAAGCAGCAUACGAUAUUGAAGUUCAGACCAAGAAGGCUACCUCAGAAUUGGCUUAUGAGCUACAGGCUGCUAAGACCAAACAAGCUAUCAUGGAAGAACAGAUGCAGAUCAAGGUCGUUGAACGAAGUCAACAGAUUCAGGUCCAAGAACAAGAGAUUGCUCGCAGGGAGAAAGAACUCCACGCUACCGUCAAACAACCAGCCGAAGCAGAGAAAUACAGACUGGAAACUAUUGCUAAUGCUAACAUGAAGCGUGUAAUUCUUGAAGCUGAAGCAGAGGCCGAGUCAAUCAGAGUGAAGGGAGAGGCCGAGGCCUUUGCAAUUGAACAGAAAGCCAAGGCCGAAGCGGAACAGAUGGCUAAGAAGGCCGAUGCCUGGAAGGACUAUCAAGAUGCUGCUAUGGUUGAUAUGGUCUUGGAUGUACUACCUAAGGUUGCUGCGGAGAUUGCUGCUCCUCUGUCUAAGACUAAGAAGAUCACCAUGGUAUCUAGCGGCAAGGGAGAUGUGGGUGCUCAGAAGCUUACUGGUGAAGUUAUGGAUAUCAUGGACAGGAUCCCUCUGUUGGUGGAGAAUAUGACCAGCGUUAACAUCAACAAGGCAAUCAAGGCUACCAGAGUGUAAGCUUGGAUGAGCAGUGACCAACCCAGUAUGCAGUGUUCAGUAGAACCACAUCAUAGUGUAUAUCCCUAUGUCUAGUCUCAAUGUGUAUAUUAAUGUCAGGUCAGUCAUUCAUUUACUACCAUCACUCAAAACAAUGAAUGUCAUAUUUGUAUCAUUUUUAUCCCAUCAAUCUAUAUGUUAAUUCUGUAUGUAUUUAGCUACCGUUGAAUGUUUUAUUCCAUAAUGCGCGAGUCAAGUGGGUUAAAAUUGUAUGAUAUUUACAUUUGUACUGUUUGAAAUGAAUGGUUGUUCCAUGAUAGUGUUAUACAUUACAUUUACAGUGCACCUGUUUUAUCAUGUACCUAUUAAAGUGAAUGGAGAUCUGAGAAUAGGGGAAUGUUUCAUCUUCAGAAGUGAUUUUCAAGCAGCUUUAAAAUUGAAUUUCAUUAAAGUGAUUUUGAUUGAAGUAUUUUGAACUUACAUAUACCGAUAAAUGCACAAUUCAAUUCAAGUGUAGUAUUGCUUUAUGUGCAUUGCUCAAGAAUUAUUGACAGUAUCAAACCAAUAUAUGAAUAUUUCCUAGUAUUUUUUUCGGGGGGGGGGGGGGGGGGGGCAGGUGAAAUGAAGUAGUUGUCAUGUUUGAGGCUAUAAAUGCUCCAAAAAUGUUAGUUAUACAAUACAUGUACCAAAUCAAUAUUUGAACACUUUUCAAUGUACUUUGAACUUCUUAUGUAAUGAUACAUGUAUUACUUGUAUGAGGCUUAUGUAAUAUAUAUUCAUUUUGUGGACUUAAACCGGGUUGUAGUUAUUACCUCUUGGAUACUUCAACGUCAAUGAGAAUCUGUUUAGGGGUUAUCUCAGUCAUGAAUACAAAAUAACUUGGCCCUUGUAACAUAAAACUUUGUGAUGAUCAUGUGGCUGAUUUCUGCGAUCGAUUGCAUAGAUCAUUGUGUAUGAUCAGUCGUAAUAAUCUGCUCUACGAUCAAUCACUUACCUUUAUGUUACUGGACCCUAUCCCAGAAAUCACUCAAUCUGUGUGCUUACAAACAAAGAUCAAAACACUCAGCCAACAUUGCCUAUAGACUUUAUCCCUCUUAUUAAGAAUUGUACAUAUAUGUAUAUUAAGAUGUAUUUGAUAUUCCUAAAUGUUGUCUUUUAUACCUGUAUUAGAUGUUAGUCGAAACGGUUUGGAUAAAACUUGCUUACUAUAUUUUUUUUUUUCAUAAGCCAAUGUCUAAUUCUUUAAAUUCCAGAUUCUAUUAUUUAAAGUGAAUUUCUUCCCCGGUGGACAGGUUGGUUUAAUCCCUUUAAAAGUUGCACAAAUUAUACCAUUUCAUGAUUAUUCUCCCUCCCACCAUGUGUCUUUCAUUCAGAAAGAUAUGCUUGACACUGUCAUAUGAAGAGGUAAUAUUCCUCUCAUAAUAAUUUUUAUGACCUUUUCUUUUCUUGGGAAUCAGCAGCUUUGUUUGUUCAGUACAAUGUCACAAGUACUACAUUGCAUUAUCAUUUUAUUAUUUUGAUCACAUAGGUUAGUUGAACAUUAUUUUUGUUGAAUUAUUGUAUUAUUACAGGGUAAUUCACUUUCUUAUUAUGUAAGGGUAAAAUACUUUUAAUAAUGACCCAAUGAGAUUAUGAUAAUCAUAGCUUCAUUUUUUUUUCAUUUCUUUUGGAGAUACAUGUGGAUUGUAUCUGGUGCAUAUUAUACUCUACUUUUUGCUAAGUUUCAUGUAAUGUUAUAAACUUUUGUAACCUAUGCAUGUAUGAAUUUUAAAACACAUUUACAUCUGUAUAACCAUUUUUAAUGUCAUUUUUGUAAUACAGGUAAUUGUUCAUGUAGUAUUGAAAGGACAAAAAAAUAAUUAUAAUUAACUAUUGAUAUUUGAUUGAUGAUGCACCAGAAUUCAUGGGCAGAUUUAUUAAUUACUAAGGAGAUUUUAAAACACGUCUGGAGAGCAAUGAGGACAGUUCAUGAAGAUAGGAAGAAAAAAAGCAGCCUGUAGUUGUGUGAUUUCGAUCCUGAUCAUCUGUCUAUGAUGUAUUUUGGGGGCAAAACAUUCAUGUUAUUGCAAAUAUAAAAGAAAAGAGCCAUCCUGAUUGGAUCUUGGUCAAUGUGUUCUGCAAAAUGCACAUGCAAUGAUUUAUCUUGAUUGGUCAUUGUCAUGUAGCCAUUGUGGUAUACAGAGCUCUGGGGCCCGCAACACAUAGCUUUUUAGCAAUCAUCGUAGAACACUUUAAGAUUGAUUGCAUUGACUACAACGUACAAUUAAUCAUGAAAAUAAAGUGUACGAUUCAUUGCUAACCUCUUUUUUUAGGGACCCUGGUGUCCCUAAUGUUAUAGUCACACCAACAAUGCAGAUUCCAGAUUGUUCAAAGCUGAUACAUUAUUCCGAUUGGCUUGUCAUUGGUUGGUUUCAUUGGUGUGACUUAGCACAUGGCAUGAAUGAACCAUGGUCUAGCCUUACAUACAAACAAUAUUGUGUCAUUUUGUUGUUGUUCGAGGACAGGGGUCGUUUGCAAGAACUGCCACUGUCAUCCUCUCCCAUCGCUCCUCAGUCUUCUUUUGGUACAUGUAUAUCUGUACCUCAUCCCAUGAUUGUACUGCAUUAUUGGAGUUUAAAUUGAGAAUUUUGAGAGCAUAAGGUCUACAAAAGUACCUUACUCAGGAAUUUCGAGAGAAAAAAAUGGAAGUUGGAAGGCUCUCUUAUAUUCUUACAUACAAUUAUUUCAAUCAUCUUUAUCAUGAAUUUAUUAUUCAUUAUUAUUUUUCUGUCACAUAAAUCAUUUAUCAAAUAGGUUUGAUUGAAUUUGUCAAUAAACUGUCAGUAGUAGUGAAAAUGUA